CUGAGGUACCCGUAUGUACUCGCAGCUUUCCGACGGCAACAUGUCGAAAAGCAGAGAGCCAAGCGGAGGAACUACGUCUGUGAAAGGGACGGUCGGAACAAAGCGCUGUUAAACGAAGCGGUGUUGUUUUGACAUACUUCAGAUAAGGGUGGCAUCGGACUCACAGCUUAUUUAGCGGCCAAGUGAAAUCCGGAUGGGUGGAUAACGACGCUGUUUGCCACGGAGAGGUAGCCCUGUAGAAGCGGCGGAGUGACGGGCAGCAAGCUAAUACCAGGUUGGGGUUGCUGUUUGUUAGGGGAUGUUAUCCGUACUGUCCUAUGGCAGACUUGUUGCGAGGGCUGUCCUUGGAGGACUCUCUCAAACGGACGGUCGAGACUACAAGCUAAUCAGUGCCAGCUAUGGCUUUGGUAAAGACUUUCGUAAGGGAAUCCUGAAAAAGGGCAUGUGCUAUGGGGACGAUGCGUGUUUCGUAGCACGACACAAGACUGCCGAUGUUUUGGGAGUCGCAGACGGUGUGGGAGGUUGGCGUGACUAUGGUGUUGACCCAUCUCAGUUCUCUGCUACCCUCAUGAGAACCUGCGAGCGCUUGGUGAAAGAGGGACGCUUCACUCCAAGUAAUCCUGUGGGCAUUCUGACCUCAGGCUACUAUGAGCUCUUGCAGAACAAAGUGCCCCUACUUGGAAGUAGCACAGCUUGUAUUGUGGUUCUGGAUCGGCGAAGUCACCGGCUACACACUUGCAAUCUUGGGGACUCAGGCUUCUUGGUUGUGCGAGGUGGAGAGGUGGUACAUCGUUCUGACGAGCAGCAACAUUAUUUCAACACACCCUUCCAGCUGUCCAUUGCUCCUCCAGGGUCUGAAGGAGUGGUACUGAGUGACAGUCCUGAAGCAGCAGACAGCUCAUCCUUCGACGUGCAGCUUGGUGACAUAAUCCUGACUGCCACAGACGGCCUCUUUGACAACAUGCCAGACUACAUGAUUCUUCAAGAGCUUAAGAAACUAAAGACGACCAACUAUGAAAGUGUCUUGGAGACGGCACAGAGUAUCGCCAAGCAAGCUCACGAUCUUGCCUAUGAUCCCAACUACAUGUCUCCUUUUGCACAGUUUGCCUGUGACAAUGGUCUGAAUGUUAGAGGAGGGAAGCCAGAUGACAUCACGGUGCUGCUGUCUAUUGUGGCUGAAUAUACAGACUAAAUGUUUUUCUUUGUUUUCCCAUCUGCCUGAGUCUUCCAGUCCUUCCAAAGAGCACUGCAUCCAAUGGGCUGCCAAGGUCCACCUUCAAAAUUACACACUCCUUUUUCUGGAGGCUCACAGUCACAAAUAUUUUUUCUUCCAUUAUUUUAUUUUAAGGUGAAUGGACUUUCAUGGUGUUUCAUGUUGAUCAUGAUGCAGAAGGGUAGGUGGUAUGACUAGAUGAGAUGAGAUUGAGGCCUCCUGCAGCUAUACUGGGCUCUUAUGAGAACAAUAAGCCAGUUUGGGCUUUGAGAGUAAUUGGACCUCAAAAUGUCUAAUUUAAGUUUAUGCACAUGUGAUUAAGGAUAAUGUAUAGAGUAAAAGGUGGUUCCACAAGAUAAGUCCAGGCCCCCCCAGGUAUUAGCUGUGGAUUGUGUGAUGACUUUGUUGAUUUUUUUUUUAUGGUUAACUGAAUACUUUCAAAAAUUGGACCAAAUAACACAAUAAUUAAAAUUAUUUUUUUUAUGUAUCAUGAACUGAAAUGAUCAGACAGUAAUAAAAUUUAGCAGAAGUGGCCCCAGACUGAUUGCAUAGUAGUUUUGAGGGUCCUGGACUGAAAAGUUUAGGAACCCAAACUUUGGGGGGUGGAAUGUGUGAAUUGACAGAGUAAGAUUAGGAUUUUACCCUUAUGAUUAAGAUGUGAUUUUACACACAUCUUAUGAUUAAGAGUACAAUUUUUGAAAGUGUGAGCCUUUAUGUGAAGCUAAAUCAGGUUUUUGUCAUUCAGCUGAUGGAUAUGUCAGUGCACACCUCCUGGUAUGUUGUAAAUAUUUUGUUGAUUUGCUUAUUUAGCAAAUGUUACUAUUAUGAUGGAUGAACACAAGAGUUCAUUCAUGCAACAUUUCCUGUGUAGUUUAGUGAGCAUUAUCAAUUCCAGUCUUUCAUUCACAGAAAUGAAAACCUUAUAAGUCUU